CGGGCGGUGGUUUGGCUGGGCCCCCUCUUCGGCGCAUCCAUCAGAACGAGUUCCCCAGUCCAGAGGCCACUCCUGCUCAAGAGGCCGCUCCCCCUGCGAGCUCUCGCGGGCGCCCCGCAGCGCCACCCGAUGGCGCCCGGCCUCCUGACCCGCCUCGCCGUCUGCGCGGCGGCGGCGGCCGCCGCGGCCGCGGACGCCGGGGCAGAAAGGUGCUCGGGCGUGGCCGGCGGGGAGGAGUGCGGCGCGGUGGCCGAGGCCGCGCUGGCCGAGGCGGGCUCUCUGGCGCACGUGGGGCUGCUGCAGCACGCGCACUCCGUGGAGGUCACGGGCGCGAGGAGCGGCGUCUCCGAGCGGUCGGCCCUGGCGCGGGCGGUGGUGCCGCUGCCGGAGAAAGUGGCGUGGUUCCACGUGCCGAAGGCAGGCAGCUCGUUCGCGCUGACCCUGCUGGAUUUGCCGCAGUUGUGCGGCGAAAGCGCUGGGGCGCUUGGAUGGGCGGUGAGCACGCUUGCGGUCGAGUCCAUGUGCACUGGGAUCUGGACUCCACCGUGGUGCGGUGGCACCGACAUGCUGUGGAACCAGUGCGCAGAGCAGGGCUUCUUCGGGCUUCUGCCUGACCUGGGCAGGAGCGUGAUGGGGUUCUUCCGCCAGCCAGAGCAGAGGCUGCUGUCCGACUACAAUUAUCUUUGCCCCGAAGGCUCCCAGGUCGAGAACUGCGACAACAAGCUUGCGUUUUUCCAGGAGCACCAGGCGUGCGCCACCAAGAUGCUGACCAGCACGGAGUCCGUCAACGGCCAUUGCAUGAACAUCCCCGAGCCGACGGCUGCCCAGGUUGCACUGGCUGAGAAGUACGUUGCACAGUCAUUCGCGUUCAUCGGGAUUACGGAGGAGUGGGAUCUCUCGAUGUGCCUCUUCAACGCUAAGUUCGGCACACCGUGCAACACAAGGCAGUUUUUGAACGAAGGCCACGGAAACAGCACUGGCACGACCAACACGUGGUACGACACGGAUGAUUUAGACGGCUUCGUGGAUAAGUACGACGACGUGUUGUACGACCACGCACGUCAGAUUUUCUCAAAAGAGUUGGUGGAGUUCGGAGUGACUGCGGAGUCUUGUGCGAGUGAGAUUGCCACUUGCGGAGUAUCCACAGCUGCCAGACGAUCGCAGGGGAUGACCGGGAGUCAGAAUUGAGCACGCCAGGGAGUUGCAUCGGAACACUUCUUGCGCAACAGCGAAACCGCGAACUCGUUUGAUUUUUCCGCCAUCUCCUCGGAGUGUGCUGUGUGUUGCGCGGCCGACUCGCAGCCGCAUGAAGCAUAGUGUGAGAUGCGUUGGUCACAUAGAAGAUGGCCUCCCUGUCAUGCCCC